GCAUACAAAAUUGUCAACCUUAUAGACGCCCAUUAGUCGAGGUUUUCCAUCUUCAUUUGGACCAGAAUCUUUGCCAGAUGCUUCGGCGUCGUUACAUUUUGAAUCGUAUGUGUACGACGUUAGAGUUUUCGAGGAGCUCAAAGAAAAUGUUUCAGACGAGUCGGUUAACGUUUCUAUAGCUGCAGUCGUUCCUGCAUUUCAAAUUGACAAAAACGCGUCGUUAACUUUGGAAUUAGUUUAAAUUAUUAUCGGGUGUGAGCUACUCGAUACUAAAUCAGUGUUGGACGAAAAAUUGGUUGAUAAGGCUGUCUCGUGCUUUCGGGAGUGCAGCGCAGACGCAGUGAACAGAAGUAGAAAAAAGAAGUAGUAAACUAAGUUAUAAGUGGUAUUAUAGUGACGAUAUACAAAGAAAUGGAAGCUAUUAAAUCAGAUUCUAUGGAUGUUGACGAUAAUAUUGACAGCAGUAAUAAAAUUAAUAAAAGUGAUACGAAAUUGCCGUUUUCUAUUGAAAAUUUACUAUCAGAUAAAUUUAAUAGUGUUGACAAAGAAGUCCCUUCGACCUCACAUGAUAUUUACUUUGGUAGUGAUCGCGUUAAGAAUCAUUUUGAAGCAGAAUCUGAUGAUGAUGACAAAGAAAGUAGUGAUUCUGAACAAUUAGACGUAGAAAGUUCUAAUGCCAGUGAUGUGCAGGAGUUACCUGAGAUGAAAACUUCUGAUUACCAAGCAGGAUGCAGCUCUCGUGGUAAGCGAGCAAGAACUGCCUUCAGCGCGCAGCAGAUUAAAAGUCUAGAAGCCGAAUUCGAGAAAAACAGAUACCUCUCCGUGGCUGCUAGAGGAAGAUUGGCGAAACAAUUGCGACUCACCGAAACACAGAUAAAAAUAUGGUUCCAAAACCGUCGAACGAAGUGGAAGAGAAAAUAUACUAGCGACGUGGAGGUUCUGGCUCAGCAGUACUACAGCAGCCUCGGCAUCAUCACUCCGCGGCCCAUGUUCGUCGGAGACCGGCUCUGGAUCUUCAACUACCCGAACCGCCUGCCGCCGACGCAGCAGCAGCAGUGGGCGAAGUCUUUAAACAACCUAGCCAACAUAAACACUCAAAUAAUAGACAGAAGCGUCUUCCGAAACGUACCAAAACCGGAAGUGCCGUUCGUCCUUCCCCAGCCGUCGUUUCAACAGGACAGAGUAUUUUUGAAUAUGGAACGCAAUUUGACAGGAAACGUCAAAGUUCCUAAUCGUCUCGUGCCGCGAGAAGUUUACAACAAUAUGGCUACCGCGCAUCGAAAUUUGGACUUGUACAAAAAUAACAUUCUAAACCAUCCUCCGUCGCAAGAGUCUGAUGUGAACCAUCUGAGAAGACUGGAAGAGAAUUUUAGUAUUUAGUUCUUGUGCCUAGUUGAAGAUA